UCGCACUUCCGACAGGGUCUUGCAGCAUGUACAGCAUCGGACAGCAUCUAUGAAUAGAAACCCAUGUAAUGAAAAAGAUUGAAUGACAACUCUGGCAUUUCCUCGAACUUCAUCAGUUUGAUUUCCUGCGCACGCCUUAAAAAUGGCGACGACACAGGAGUCAGUUAGCCUGCAGAACUUCAAGGGAUCUGAAGAGGAGGAAACCGCCAAACAUUUUUUGGAGAUAAUCACCACAGAAACUGAAUCUCCAGUACCUUCUUUCCUUAACCUGGUUAUACACAACAGUAAUGCUUUAGCAGGAAAAUCAUUCAGCGAUGCAUGGGUCCAUCUUCAACUAAGUCAUGAAAUUGAGAAAACAUUGGACAAGAAAUAUAGUAGAUAUCCGAAAGUUGGACUGAUUUACAUUAAAGACAUUAUAAAUGUAUCUGUUCUUGAAGAAUUUAAGAAGGGUGGAGUAGAUGUCGUCGAGAAUUACCCUGAUGAUUGCCGGCUGCCAUUUUUGACUUUGUUGGAGUUUCUGCGUGAGAAAAAAAAACAUGAAGAGGCAAUUCAGAAAAUUGUAACACAAGCCUCUCUUCUAACAAGUGGAAAUAAAGAGACACACAUUAUGGCUGGAUUUGCACAUCACCUAUUUUCCCAGUUGGUCCCGGGCAAGGUGUAUGAGGUGGAUAAAUAUGCAGAGCAACUACCAAAAGAAUGUGGCUGUGGCUGUAAGGCUAAGAUUUCUGCAGGAGACACAUCAGUAGGAUCAAAGAGAACAUGGCAUGGCAGAGUCGAUACAAUGGUGAACCGUACAGUUGCUGUGGUAUUCGGAAAAAAACAAACUGAUGACUUUCAAGAGAUUGAGGAUGAUGAAAGUGAUAAUGAUGAACCUCAAAGAAAACAAAGAAAGGUAGAAACUGACAAAAAUUGUGAUAUAGUAGGGGAAUACAAGAGACGUCAUCAGUGUGUUCUGCUGGACUCAAAGGUUUUGGAGCAAGUCUUGGCUGAAGCUAUUACAAAUGGAUUUGCUCAAGUUAACCGGAACAAAAGUGCUCUAUCAGGUUUCUUUAUUCCAACGAUUGGAACCACAUCAGAUCAUGUUUCUAUUUGUUUGUAUGACCCUGAAAGUGACUGCUUACUGCACAUCAGGGAAGAGUACAAGUUAUGGUAUCCAGGUUCUAAAUACAAACUAAAUGAGUUGACCAUAAUUGUCAUUUGGCUGUUCUUGAAUUUCACAGUUUUAACUCGGAGAAAAUUGGCUGAUGCAUUUGGGUUAAAUAUUGAUAAGUCAGGAUUACAUGCAGACUUGAAGGAAAAUCUGGUGUAUUACAGAGAGGUAAAAACAGAAGAGAAUUUUGUUUCACAAGCGCCUGUUCAAUCGCCAUGGAAAUAUGUCCAUGCACACCCCAUAAAGCCAGCAGAACCAAGUUUGAGGGAAACAUGAAUACUAAAAAAAAUUGAUUGGUGUCUGUAUUAUCAGAUCAUCUGGCUCAAAGUAUGAGGAUGAUAUGUAAAUGGUUUGACUGCACUAAGAAGACCUUUCACUUCCUUGCAAGUAAUGAUCUUAUGAAUACUGUUCUAAACUUCUGAGGAAGCUUAAAAUGUGCAAUUUUAUCAAAGCCACAAAAUAGUAUGUCAUGUUACAUUUGUAUGAAAACUUUUCAAAACUUUUUCAAUGUCCAUCUGCGUGAGUGAGGUCAAAGUUGAAAUGUUCCUGAGAUUGUCUUGACCUAGUUAUAUUAAAACAUGGUUGUUUUGAAAAAAAAAUGAAA